AUGAAAACCGCUAUCAAAAUCGUAACGACAGUCUUAUUAGCCUUCCUUGCUGGCGGCGCCGCCAAAACUCCAAAACCUCCGCCAGAAAUCACUCCUAUCCACAUCACAGGCAACAAGUUCUUCCACGAGAACGGUACCCAGUUUUUCCUCAAGGGCAUAGCGUACCAGCGCCAAGUGCCCGGCCACCAGCACCUGGGGUUCGCCGAAAUUCCCAAAGGAUACGUCGACUCGCUUGCACACCCCGAGCUCUGUCUCCCCGACAUCGAGCUUCUCCAGCAGCUCCACGUCAACACCAUCCGCGUGUACCAAGUCGACCCCGACCAGAGCCACCACGAGUGCAUGAGCGCCCUCGCAGAGGCAGGCAUCUACGUCUUGGUCGACCUUCUGGCGCCCAACAGUGCAAUAAACAGAGCACACCCGCUGUGGCACACUGAGCUCCUCGGGCGCUACAAAGCGGUAGUCGACAAUUUGCACACCUACAAUAACCUUCUAGGGUUCAUUGCCGGCAACGAAGUCGUCACUGGAACACACGAUUCUGGGGCAGCGCCGUUUGUCAGGGCAGCGGUGCGCGAUACCAGGCGCUACAUGAGGCAGCAGGGCUACCGCCCGGUGCCCAUCGGGUACGCUUCCAACGACGACGAGGCCACGCGGAUCCCGAGUCUCCAGUACUUCACAAGGGCAAGUGAAAGCAGUAGUGCAAUUGAUACCGACAACGAUGGCGACCGUGGCAUUACCGACUUCUACGGCAUCAACAUGUUCGAGUGGUGUGGGUACCUGACGUUUGCAACCAGUGGGUUCCGGGCGCGAACAGUGGAGUUUGCCUCGCUGCCGGUGCCUGUUUUCCUCAGCGAGUUUGGGUGCACCUCGGUGCGCCCCAGGCCCUUUACCGAGACCGAGGCGCUCUACGGGGUGGAAAUGGCUCAGGUGUGGUCUGGCGGCGUGGCGUACGAGUUGUUUGAAAACGCCAACCACCACGGCGUCGCCGAAGAGGUCCCCAAUGGCGCAGUGCACAAAUUGGGCGAGUUUGAUGUCUUGUCGCAGCGGUAUAGGAUGGCGGCACCGCGCGGGCAGAGCGAGGAGGACGUGAGAAAGGCACUUCAUCGCGCUCCACUACCUCCACCACCUCCACUACAGAGCACCACCUGGGCAGCGUCCGCUGAGUUGCCGCCCACACCAAGCGAAGAAAAGUGCCGCUGUGUGGGUGAGAUGUUGAGUUGUUGGCCACAGAGAGCAAUUGACCCGUUCGCGUCGCCCGAGUUGCUGGUGGAGAAGAGGGCCUUGUACGACAAAGUGUGUCUGGAGGUAGACUGUGGGAAGGUAGAGGCAGACGGGAGCCGGGGCCAGUAUGGAGAGUUGAGCGGGUGCGCGCCCGAGGUGAGGUUAGCAUGGGCGAUGAGCAAGCAGGCGAGGAAGGGGAGGGGCGGGGCAGGUGAUUUGAGCGAGAGUGAUGUUUGCACGAUUUCAGGAGGAAUCUUUGAAAGUAAAGUUUCUCCUUCUCCUGACUGCUCGAAUCUUGUGGGUGACUUGUUUGCAGAGAGAAGUUUGGUGGAGACGUCUGCAGUGGGGGAACUUUCGCAGCCAAAGUUGCAGGCUCCAGUGCACUUUUCGCAGCCACCGACGUUGGGCAAGAAGAGGACAGGCAACUGGACACACUUUGACCCCUGGGAAAGCAAGGCCGUGAAAACCAAAUUUAGCUGGUGGAGUUUAGCGUUGCUCUUUGUAGGUUGA